GCAGGAGGGUGCGAGGGAGCCUCUCUGGGGACCCAGGGCGCCGGCUGGUUUGGGGCUGCAGGUUUCCGGUGCGCAGGUCUCGGGCGCCCCCGCGGGCUUCGGUGCGCAGCUCUGGCUGGGAAGCGAAAGCGAAAGCUGCGAGGCCGGGACGAGAGAGCCUGCGGGAGCCAGAGGGGAACGAGGAGGAGAGCGAUCUGGCUCCCAGUGCAGCUCUGGCCCGGAAGCCCGGAGUGGCAGUCCCGCCGCGAUCCCGGGCGCCAUGCGGCUCCCCGACCCGAGGCCCUGGGCCUCGCUGCUGCUGCUGGACUUGGCCUUACUCUGGCUGCUCCGGGGGGCUCUGGGGGCGCUGCUUCCCCGAGGGCUUCUGGGCUUGUGGCUGGAGGGCGCCCUGCGCCUUGGAGGGCUGUGGGGGCUGCUAAGGCAGGGAGGGCUGCUGCGGCUUGGGGGGGCCUUGCUGCCCCCGCUCUGCCUGGCGACCCCCCUGUUCCUCUCGCUGAGAGCCCUGGUGGGGGGGACCUUGAGUGCACCCCCGGUCAGAGUGGCCUGGGCCUCCUGGGCUUGGCUGCUGUUGGGCUACGGGGCUGCAGGGCUAGGCUGGGCCCUGUGGGCUCUGAUGAACGCCCCAGGGGCCCGGAACGCGGAGCCGGGCCAGGAGAAGAACAAAGUCUUGAUGUGGCGGCUGCUGCAGCUCUCCAGGCCCGACCUGCCCUGGCUCCUGGGCGCCUUCUUCUUCCUGGCGGCCGCCGAGUUGCUGGGGAUGCUGAUCCCUCACUAUUCUGGCCGCGUCAUCGACAUCCUGGGGGGUGAUUUUGACCCCGAUGCCUUUGCCAGCGCCAUCUUCCUCAUGUGCCUGCUCUCCGUUGGGAGCUCGCUGUCCGGAGGCUGCCGAGGAGGCUUGUUCACCUACGUCAUGUCCAGAAUCAACCUGCGGAUCCGCAAGAAGCUUUUCUCCUCCCUGCUGCGUCAGGACCUCGGUUUCUUCCAGGAGACUAAGACAGGGGAGCUGCACUCCCGGCUGAAUUCGGACACCUCCCUCAUGAGCAACUGGCUUCCGCUAAAUGCCAAUGUCAUGCUCCGGAGCCUGGUGAAAGUGGUGGGGCUGUACAGUUUCAUGUUCAGCGUGUCACCUCGACUCACCCUCCUGUCUCUGCUCGACCUGCCCGUGACACUAGCUGCUGACAAGGUGUACAACACCCGCCAUCAGGCCUUGCUUCUGAAGAUCCAGGACGCAGUGGCGAAGGCAGGGCAGGUGGUGCGGGAGGCAGUUGGAGGGCUACAGACCGUGCGCAGUUUUGGGGCAGAGGAGCAAGAGGUCUGUCGCUAUAAGGAUGCUCUGGAGCAAUGCCGGCAGCUGUGGUGCCGUCGAGACCUGGAAAAGGGCCUGUAUGAUCUCUUCAAGAAGCUGCUGCGUCUAGGCUCGCAGGUGAUAAUACUGAGCUGUGGGCGGCAGCAGAUCCUGGCGGGCGAGAUCACCCGGGGCUCGCUGCUGUCCUUUCUGUUCUACCAGGAGGAGGUGGGGCACUAUGUGCAGGCCGUGAUGUACAUGUAUGGGGACAUGCUGAGCAAUGUGGGAGCUGCUGAGAAGGUGUUUUGCUACCUGGACAGAAAGCCCAAUCUGCCUCAGCCUGGCACACUGGCCCCUCCCACGAUGCAGGGGCGUGUGGAAUUCAGAGAUGUCACCUUUGCGUAUCCCAACCGCCCCGACCAGCCUGUGCUCAAGGUGCCUGAGCGAGGUCAUAGGGAGGGAACCUGGGUCCUUUGUUCUCUGCUGCUAAUGCACGAUCAGGGGGUAACAUUCACUCUGCACCCUGGGAAGAUGACGGCCCUGGUGGGACCCAAUGGCUCUGGGAAGAGCACUGUGGCUGCCCUGCUGCAGAAUCUGUACCAGCCCACGGAGGGCCAGGUGCUGCUGGACGGAAAGCCUGUCUUAGAAUACGAACAUCACUACCUGCACAGACAGAUGUCUGUGGUGGGGCAGGAGCCUGUGCUGUUCUCAGGCUCUGUGAGGGACAACAUCACCUACGGGCUGCAGAGCUGUGAGGAUGAGAAGGUGGUGGCUGCCGCCCGGGAGGCCCUUGCAUAUGACUUCAUAGAGGAGAUGCCAGAUGGAAUACACACGGAUGUUGGUGAGAAAGGAAGCCAGCUGGCCGUGGGACAGAAACAGCGUCUGGCCAUCGCCCGGGCCCUUGUGCGGGACCCACGCAUCCUCAUCCUGGAUGAGGCCACCAGUGCCCUGGAUGCCCACUGUGAAGAGGCUCUGCAGGCCUGGAAAUCCCGCGGGGACCGAACUGUGCUGGUGAUCGCUCACAGGGAACACGCAGUGCAGAAUGCCGACCAGAAACUGGAGCUCAAGCAGGGCGAGCUUGUGGACGUCGUCCAGCUCAGGGUGGGGUAGGACCUCAGUGCUUGCCUGGUGCAAGGCUGAGACCUCCGGACACUGGGCCUAUCAGGGCUGUUUCCAGAAUGCCCACUGCAAGUGCCUCAUGCUCUUCAGUUUUCCUGGGGCUGUGUGCCUGGGGAGUUAUUCCUGGAGCUCGGGGUGUGGUAGAGAUUGGACCACAGGUGCUUUGGACUUGCUGAGCUGUGUAGGGAUGAGGGGCUGAGGCGUGGCGUUUGGGGUGGGUUGGGUGUCACCUGGGCUUAUAAAUCUCAUCACAUAGGUGAGUAGAGCGCCGUCUGGUACUGAGUAGCUCACACCGUGUAAUAAAUACAUGCAGAACGCUUUGCUUUAUUAUAUACGUACACAUCCGUAUGCAAAUUUGGAAAACCCAGAAAAGUUCAAAGAAGAGAAGUAAAACUAAUCAGUACUGCACUUCCCAGAGACAGCCGUCUUUACUACUUUGCUGGCUGUCUUUGAGAUGUUGGUUAGCCAGUACGACAUAAAUGCUUAUACGGUUGCCUUUCGGUGUCCUUCCUCAUGUCCACCAGUGCCUGGUGUUUUGGGCGAGGCUGGGGUAUGGCUGGACCAAACACAGUAUCCCGGUCAGAAGUGUUAAUAAUCGCAUCACGGAUAGCUACCAUAUACGGAGUUUAAAUAUGGACAGGAAGGAACUAUGCUCAGUGUUUCUCAGGAGUGAUCAUUUUUUUUUUUUUUUUUUGGUUUUUCUCCGGUACCGGGAACCGAACUCACGACCUUGCGCAUGCCAGGCAGGCGCUUUUGCCGCUGAGCUAAAUCCCCAGCCCCAGGAGUGAUCAUUUUUAAUACUUACGCUCAACCCACCAGCUUGGUUGUUCUGUCUGACUUCCAAUUUAUAGGUGAGGGAUCUGAGGAUCAACGCAUCAAAGAAAUGAUGUGACUGUCCUGAGGUUACACAAUGGUGGAAUUGAUGUUUGAACCCAGACUUCACCCUGAAGUCCCUACACUGAAUAAAUUACGUGUAUUGCA